AUGAUCCUUGAACAACAAUCUGGAUUCACGAAGUAUCCAUGCUAUUUGUGUAUGUUUGACAGUAGGGAUCGCAAAAAUCACUACGUCAAAAAAGUUUGGCCUUCGAGAUCUUCAUUUAGGGUUGGAUCACAUAAUAUAAUAAGAAAACCGCUUGUUGAUCCAGCCAAAAUUCUCAUUCCUCCUCUUCAUAUUAAACUCGGGUUAAUAAAACAGUUUGUUAAAGCUCUUGAUAAAGAUGGAGAGUGCUUUACAUACCUGUGUCAAGUGUUUAAGCACAAAUCAGAUGCGAAAUUGAAAGAAGGCAUCUUUGAUGGACCGGAAAUCCGGACGUUAUUCAAAGAUGAAGCAUUCGUUUCUGUUAUGGAUGACCAAGAAAAAGCAUCAUGGCUAAGUUUUAAGGAAGUGUGCACCAAAUUUUUAGGUAACACUAAGGACGCUGAUUACGAAAAUAUUGUGGCCAAUAUGAUCGCAAACUUUCAGCGUUCAGGUUGCCUAAUGAAUUUGAAACUUCACUUUCUUGAUUCGCAUCUCAACCACUUUCCGGAGAACAACGGAGACUUUAGUGAAGAGCAAGGAGAGAGAUUCCAUCAAGAUCUUAAAGAAUUUUAA